AUUUCACUGACUCUUCCUCUCCUCAUCCAUCUGAAUGCUGCUGCCUACCAGUCAGUGACAACAGACCCCUGUCCAAGACAGACAGCAUUUUGGCCUGCACUGAAAACCGGACAAUGAGAUGCUAAGAUCUGGAGUUUGGGUGAAGAAAAGCGAACUAUAAGUCAUUUUAAAGGCAAAUCCAUGGGCAAGGAUGCUUUCUGUUUUUGCAUCUUUACUGUUGAUCAUUUCGCUGUCCAGCAUCUGGGCCCAAGACUUUUUUGAAGAAAAGAAAACCUAUAAAGUCAGGACAAGGCCUCUGUCUGCAAAUAUUCAUGAUGGUCUAGCCAUCCUGGAUGAAGAUUGCAGCUUGGAGCUCUCCUUCCUGUUGGACAGUUCUGAGAGUUCCAAGGACAACCACGAGCAGGAAAAACAGUUUGCCAUGGACAUGGUGGACAGGCUUCAAGGUGCAAGGUUGUCGACUGGUCGCAGCCUGAGCUCCAGGGUGGCUUUGCUGCAGUACAGUAGCCACGUAAUCACAGAACAAACCUUCAGAGACUGGAAAGGAGGAGAGAACUUCAAGACCCAGAUUGCUCCCAUCGUCUACAUUGGUCAUGGCACCUACACCACCUACGCCAUUACCAACAUGACCAAGAUCUACCAGGAGGAAUCCAGACCUGGCAGCAUAAAAGUGACAGUGCUGCUCUCAGAUGGGAUUUCCCACCCAAGGAACCCAGACAUUUUCUCAGCUGUUACAGAUGCCAAGAACCAGGGAAUCAAAUUCUUUGCUUUGGGCAUCAGCCGAGAGGCCAAUGCGCCAGCUAACAUAGCUGAGCUCCGUCUGCUUGCCAGCUCGCCAUCCUCCCGCUUCCUGCAUAAUCUACAGGACAAAAACGUAGUUGAGAAAGUUUUCACUGAACUUACUGCCUUAGCUGAUGAAGGAUGUCCUCUUGCUCAAAAAUGCGCUUGCGAGAAAGGAGAAAGAGGACCCAGUGGUCCUGCAGGAAAGAAAGGUCGUCCUGGUGAAGAUGGAGCUCCAGGGCAAAAAGGCCAAAAGGGGGAAUCAGGAUUAAAUGGAGCGCCUGGGCGAGAAGGCUCUGAGGGAAAACCAGGUUACAAAGGAGAAAGGGGUGAAAGAGGCGAGUGCGGCACACCGGGAAUCAAAGGCGACAGGGGUCCAGAUGGUCCGGUUGGAGAAAGAGGACAAAGAGGUCUGCAGGGCUUACAAGGACCACCAGGAGACAUUGGACCAGAGGGCCCUCAGGGAGAGAAGGGUGAAAGGGGCCCUCCAGGCCCUUCGGGGAUUCAAGGAGAAACCGGUAUUGGACUGCCUGGACCUAAAGGUGACAUGGGAUUCCAGGGCCGACCAGGUCCUCCUGGUCCCCCAGGAUUAGGUGAACCUGGCCUUUCUGGACCUCAAGGUCAACAAGGUGUUCAGGGUGAAAAAGGACCUCAAGGGGAAGGAUUUCCUGGACCAAAGGGGGAUCGAGGGCUCCCAGGCCCAAGGGGGGCAAGAGGACAGCAGGGGGUGGGCAUAAAAGGAGAGAAGGGUGAAUUGGGGCCCCCAGGUCUUCCUGGGCUAACCGGACAAGCAGGAGUUGGCAUACAGGGAGAGAAGGGAACUGAGGGGCCGAGGGGACCACCGGGAGUAAGAGGACUUCAGGGAGAGGGUUUGCCAGGACCUAAGGGAGACCAAGGCUUACCUGGAGAGCAGGGUGCUCCAGGAGAAAGAGGAAGUGGUGAACCAGGCCCAAAGGGAGAGCCUGGAGAUUCAGGACUUAGUGGUCUGCCUGGUCUACCAGGAGAAGAUGGAGCUCCGGGGCAGAAGGGGGAGCCUGGGCUACCUGGUUCAAGAGGGCCUGAGGGAGUGCAGGGAGUUGGUGUUCAAGGAGAGAAAGGUGACCAGGGUUUAAGGGGUAUCCGUGGAUUACAUGGUCCUCCCGGGAUCCCAGGACCUUCUGGGCCAAAAGGUGAACGUGGAGUUCCAGGCCCACAGGGCAUGCUCGGGCAGCCAGGACGAUCCAUAUCUGGUCCAAAAGGUGACGUUGGUCCACCGGGUCCCAAUGGCCCUAUUGGGGAAACAGGCCUAGGACUACCUGGUCCAAAAGGUGAUCGUGGCCAGCCAGGUUUACCAGGUCCAUCUGGUCCAAAAGGUGAAGGCAUCCAAGGCCCAAUGGGUCCUCCAGGUAUUCCUGGAUUACCUGGUGAGCCCGGUCCAGAAGGACAAGGAAUUCCUGGUCCGAAGGGAGACGUCGGCUUUAGGGGACAGCCAGGCCUGCCCGGUCCACCUGGAGAAGGUUUACAAGGACCACCAGGUAAUGUUGGGAGACCAGGGCCUCCAGGUCUAUCAGGACCCCCAGGAGAAGGCAUUCAAGGCCCAAAGGGUGCACCAGGUCCUCCAGGCAUUACUGGCCCUAGAGGAGCUCAAGGAGAUGGGUUUCCUGGCCCAAAGGGUGACCGUGGCUUACAGGGAGAAAGGGGAUCAAAAGGUACAAAAGGAGACGUGGGAGAUCCUGGAAUUCCUGGUGACAAGGGAAGACCAGGAAUAAGGGGGGAACCAGGCCUGACAAGAGAAGAAGUCAUUAGGCUUAUCAAGGAAAUAUGUGGAUGUGGCAUCAAGUGCAAGGAAAGGCCAAUGGAGCUUGUGUUUGUCAUCGACAGCUCAGAGAGCGUUGGCCCGGAGAAUUUUGAGAUCAUCAAGGACUUUGUGACAAGGUUGGUAGACAGGACAACAGUGGGACGCAACGCCACCAGAAUCGGACUAGUCCUCUAUAGCCUAGAUGUCUAUUUAGAGUUCAACUUGGCUCGCUACACGACCAAAGAAGAAGUGAAGCAGGCGAUCCGAAAAAUGCCUUAUAUGGGUGAGGGGACUUACACAGGAACUGCUAUUAGAAAGGCAACCCAGGAGGCUUUCUUCAGUGCACGACCCGGCGUCAAUAAAGUUGCCAUCGUUAUCACUGAUGGUCAGACCGACAAAAGAGAGCCUGUCAAGCUUGAAAUGGCUGUGAGGGAGGCUCAUGCUGCAAACAUCGAGAUGUACACUAUUGGCAUUGUCAACUCUUCUGACCCAACUCAGACUGAGUUCUUGCGAGAACUAAAUCUAAUUGCUUCUGACCCAGAUAGUGAACACAUGUACCUCAUUGAUGACUUCAAUACUCUAGCAGCACUGGAGUCUAAACUUGUUAGUCAGUUUUGUGAGGAUGAAAAUGGAGGCUUUAUCUAUAGUCACAUCACCAAUGGACUCCAUAAUGGAAACAAUGAUUUUAAUCAAAUCAACCUCCAGGAUACUGAUGAAUUUAAUGGCCAUGAACAUACUGGGGAUAAUAAUGUGAGGAAAAACCUAGAGGAAGUCCACAAUCAGAGACCAACCAACACAAGAAGCCGAGGUGACACUUUCGCCCUUCCCAUCAGUGCUGAUCCACUUCCUUUCCAGGUGGAUGAAGAAAAUGAAGGUGAAGAUUUGGACUCACAGGCUCGCACGCUGAGCGGCAGGACUCUGUCCAGAGUCAACAAAACAACACUCCUGUCUGUGGCAGAAAAAAGUUCUGAUCUGAGCGUCUCCAGUGAAACACUUUCAUCAACUUCACCAUCGUUCAAAUUGUCAACUUCUUCACCAACACUUGAGUUAAAAUCAUCCUCAAACUCCCAUCAGCUUCAGCCUGCCGAGAGUCAACCCCCCCCUGAGGCCACACCUCCUGAUCCUCGCUGCAGCAUCACCUUGGACCAAGGCACCUGCCGGGACUAUGUUAUCCGCUGGUAUUAUGACCAACAGGCCAAUGCAUGCGCCCAGUUUUGGUAUGGAGGCUGUGGUGGGAAUGAAAACCGGUUUGAAACAGAGAGUGAAUGCAAGAAAACCUGUGUGAUUUCAAGAAGAGGUUAAUAUUGGAAGAGAGAAUUUUUCUAUCCUCCAGCCCCACUCCUCUGUAUUAGAAGAUGUGAUACCACUCAUGUAAAGCAAAUUCUAUGCACUUGUUUUUAUACAUACACACAUUUAUUUGGCACAUUUUUUCGUAUAUAUAUAUAUAUUUUUUAAUAAAGUUGUUAUUUUUCUUUAACAAAAAAUCCUUUACCUCAAACUAAUGUGAUGAUAUUUAGUUACAAUAAGAAAAAGAUUUUAUGGAUAAGCUGGGAUUUUAAAUGCCAUCUUCAGAACUUGGGUUUCUACGAGACGGUAAAUUGUAUAUCUUAGUAAUAUCUCAUUCUUCCAUGUGCUUCAAGUAGACAGAAUAAAAUACAAAAUGUAUUUAUGUAGUGAAUAAAAGUAAUAAGAUGUUUUACAUAUUUUUUUUUUAUAAAGUUUGUUUUAAGAUUGUUAUUACUUCUAUUUCUGUCACCUUUUGUCUUUUUUAUUUCAUCGUGUCAUUUUUAGUUAUCACAGGCAGCUGUAAUCCUGGGUUUUUUUCUUUGGGUGUUUUUUUCAAUGCCAAAGUUCUACUGUGAUGAAGAUUUAGGUUUUCCUUUAAUCACUUAAAACACUUUUAUCUAAGCAGGAUCUAUAUUUGAAUAUCUUUAUGAUGAUGAAAAAAAUGGCUUAUUUUGCUUUAUGUGUUUGUGUAAUUAAACAGUAUUAAAGUUGAUGUUUAAGUGUU